CACGGCUCGGUCUGAGGAUAAUCAACUUCCUCUAAACUUGUAUUUUGACUCUAAAUUUGUCCUACCAUACAUAUUAUAAUGCAGGAUUGUCCUCUGUUUUGCAGCCUCGAGGACACACAGACACAGACAGUCACAACCAUCACCACUAUCAGGGAGACACACGGUGAGCCAGAGCCCGCUAUGGAUCGUUAUGACACCUAUUCCAGGACUGUGAUAGAGGAAGAGCAGCGUGUCCAAACACCAGAACCCGAGACAAAAAAGGGGUUUGUGUAUUUGAAGGAGUACGUGAAUUCAUCAGAGCUGUCCCUGCAUAAUGCCAGAGACACAGCCGACGGUGGGUCAGAUUAUUUGACAUCAAGAUCUGCAAAUUACUCGUACAGCAGCCCCCCGAGCGUCUCGCUGUCAUCCACCUGUAACUACUGUGGAAAGCUGGUCGGCAACGAUGCCAAGAUCUCCAUCGAGCACCUCAAUGUCAACUGCCACCCUGCCUGCUUCAAGUGUGCCGUCUGUGAUAAGCCAAUGGGAGACCUUCUCUUCAGCAUGUUCCUACACGAAGGGAAAGUCCACUGCGAGAGCUGCUACUCCAGAGCCCUUGACUGAUUAUCAGAGCUCUUCAGCAGCCUCUUAUCCUCGUCACCUUCUCUUCAUGUUCAUUUGCAUAUAAAGUGCGAACCGGUCAGUCUCAGAGUUUAGACUGUGUUCAGUUUCGACUUGGCAACGAUGGAGAACAAUACGAUUACUUAAUGACUCUUACAUUAGGUUCAAUUUUCUAGUUUCUCAAACAUUAUACAUGCUCAUGUUUUUGUUUUUUUUCUUGGUGGUGAAAGCUGUAUCUGCCUCAGUAAACUAUGAAGGAUGUGUCUGUGCAACAUAUAGCAGACUAAUACAAGCGAGUGGGGUACUAUCUUAUAUUUUAGCAGCACUAGUUAUACAAGAAAAUAACUUUGUUACAAAAUGUCUACAUCUUUUUUUUUUCUUCUUCCUUAUAAAAAAACAGUGAGUUAACAUGUACAAUGCUUUGUUAAGAAAAUAAAAUGAUUUAUAUAA